CCCGUUUGUCCCCAGUCUCCCACUUUUGCUUCCAGAUUCGAGAAGAAGAGAGAGAAAGCAAACUCCAGACGACAGCCUCAUCGUUAUUGUCUUGAAAAAAAUCUCGAGUUCACCAGACCAUUUGAAGAUGAAGCUGACCAUCUCUGUCCUUUUCCUGGCUUGUGUGGUGCUCGCCGCGGCCAUCCCCGCCCCACGUGAGGAGGGUCUGCAAGGCCUGCUGACCGAGAUAAAAGACAUGGUGGCAGGGAUAGAAGAACAACUGGAGAUGGAGAUGGAGAAGCGAGACCAGGCUGAUGAAGAUGAGGAACUGGAGGCUGAGGCCGAAGACCUGCAGGACAUGGAGAUGGAGAAGCGAGGACAAUUUGAUGCCUGGUGGGCAUGCAAGAGAAAUUGUGUAAAAAAAAAUUACGAUACCGUUCAGAAAAGAAUUAUUUGCUACAGCAAAUGCAACGUUCACCGGCCUAAGGGAAAGAAGUAGAGAAACUGGAGACUGAGGCAGAUCUAGAAGGCAUUGGAAAGUUUAAUUGGGUUAAUACAUAAAUAGAUGAUGCUGGGAUUUGUUACACAACCAAAAGCCCGCAUUCUCAUAGUCCUGUUGGUGCGUCAAUAAUGAAAUUAUGGGCCAAUAAAGCCAUACAAGCCAUUGGUUAUAUGGAUGACAUCUGCAUGAGCAUCGAUUUUUAUCAGUUUCCAAAAGUAUGUUAAAAGUUUUCCACCAUGCUUUUAAUCGUAUAGAGUACCUGUAAAAGGAGCAAAUACAUGCUGUAGAUUAAAAUAAACAUACAUCGGGAGAAAUAUACUUAUGUCAACGUUGAUUCCAAUGCCAAAGAAGAAGACCGACAACAAAAAUGAAGAAUCGAUAUACAUGUAAUUGCUCGGUAUUUAAUACUUCAUUAUAAAAUUGCUUUUGUCAAACUUUUUUUCAUUUACGCUCGAAUCAGUUUUGAGAUUUCCAGAUGAUGUCAUUCAUAUAAUCCAAUCAAAAUGACCAAUCAAAAAUGGCAAAUCUUGCAAAGGGAAGAUUACUUUGUUACUAUCGCCCUAAGUUAGAUAGCAGCACUACAGAAAUGUUAGCAGUUACAUUCCUCUUGGAUGUGUGAAACACUUUAUCAUCAUACUAACACCGAUGUUGUCAGACCAAUGGCUUUAUUUGUCAGAAACAUGACAGAGAUUUUCGCCAGAGG